GUUGGCCACAACGCACGAAGUGCCGGCGGAGUCAUCAUCGCAGGAGGACGAACUGUCCACAGAAGAGAGCCUGUGCCGAACUGCGACUCAGUCAUCGAUUGCGGUGCAGUGCAGGAUUCUCACCGCCAUUUCUGAUUUGGACGAGGCUUUGCAGGAACCUGGAGCGCAUGAGGGCAUGCAGGCGGCUUCCACUGACCAGGAAUCGCCGCUCUUCAGAACGACCGCGGUGUCCAAUCUUCCCACUCCGAGUCCGAAGCUUUCCGAAGCGCUUGGCCCUGCAGAUCAGGUUCACACGGCACCUUCACAGCACUUUACAAUGCCGAGUUUCGUGCCUCCGUAUAUGACAUCGACGGCACCGGCAGGCAACCUUGCAUACAUGACGAGCCCUAUGGCCAACAUGGCGGUGCCCGUGCUGCCCAACAUGUGUGGCGUCACGACGGUAGCGCCGUUUCAACAUUCUGCAGCCUUCGUGCCGGCAGGCUCGUAUGAAGAUCCCGGAGCUGAGUUUAAGGCAGCCUCGCCCUACAACUACAAGGAUGCACGAAAGGGCCAAGGGAAAGGAGCGAAAGGCAAGAACAAGAGCAACUCCCGCAACUUCAUCCUGGCCGCAGAUGGAACUUUGCUUCCCGCGCCCGAGAAUGACGAAUGCAUCAAGGGACCAGUCCCAGUGGGUGCACAGGCCCCGUCUUUCGGAAGAUUGCACAAGUUCCAUCCGGAAACAGCUCGGAUGGGGAGGCUGGUUCCAGAUGGCCGAACCUUCACCAAAGAGCAGUUUAUGGGCCGUCUGUCAGUCAUCACCGAGGACCGGGUGCAGACGCACGGUGUAAUCAAGUAUGCUGUUCAGUUCUGCAGUGGCGAUCUCAGCA